AUGGAGCGGAAGUAUAGGGUCAUUAAGGAGCGUGUGAGGGAGCGCAAGCCGGGCGACACGACGGGGGAGAACGGAGAAGCAGCAAAUGCGCAUCUGGUGCUGAAGCCCAAGUGGUUCAAGUGGAUCGACCGUUACUUCAGCGAGUCGCUCGGCUGUUUACCCUGCGCCGAGAGCCUUUUCCCCGACAGCCCUAGCCCCCCUUCCUCUCCUCGCGACAGCCCUUCGCGAAGCGACGCUCUUGGUGAAGGGCUCGCCCGUGCGACUGGCAGACAGUCGAUCGCAGACGGUACGGGCUGGAAAACGACAAAAGGGGCGGGCGGGAGCGACUCCAUGCUGCUGCCGCCCAGCGCGUCGGUGAACAGCCAACCGAAUGGGACGGGUGCAGGCGGUGCGAGUGGGGCGGGCGGUGAGAAUGCGACGAGAGGCGAGGCUGCGAACGGCGCUGCGAACAGCUCUGCGACUGGGAUGGUCGGGAUCGUCAAUCCCGGCGCCAUAAACGCCGCAAUUAACGGCGCCAUGCCGCCUCCCCCGCACAUCCUCACAUCCCCGCCGGGCUUCUUACCGCCUCCGCCCCCCGGUUUCUUCCCCCCCGGCACUUUCUUUGCGCCAGGCGUCUUCCCCCACAGCUUUUCCGCCACCUCCUCCAGCUUCCGCCCGCCUGCCCCCCCCGGGGGCCCGUCUCCGGGAGGCGUUUCCGCCGGCCUUCUUUCCCCCCAGGGCGCAGGGCCUCCGGGGAAUCCGGGUGCGGGCGGCGGCAGUGGCGGCGGCGGCGGAGCGGGCGGGGGAAGCGGGGGCGGCGGAGCAGCGGGCGCGGGUGUCCCGCAAGGGGGGUUCUGGGGGCAGCUGGUGAGUCCGGGAGGGGAUGGCAGCAUGGCGCAGGACGGUUUCCCCACCCCAGGGAGCAUACCAGGGGGGGUGCCUUUCCCAGGCAGCGCAUUCUGUGGGCAGGCCAGCACAAACGGUGGGAGCCUGGCAGGUGUGUCGACUGGUGGUGGUGGUGGGGGGGGCGGGAGUAGCAGCACAUUGGAGCAGAAGUUGGACGAGGUGAUUCGGGUGGUGAGGGAGAGCAACGAGGAGUGGCAGAAGCGGUUUGUGGAGGAGCAGGAGAAGAACCGCCAGCUCUUCCGCGAGCUCUUCAUGACCUUCAUGGGGCCGCGCAUGAACGCCCCCGCCACUUGA